GCCUUUUUCACCAGCCAGAUCGCGUCGCAAACAUCGACUCUUCAGCAUUGGAUCUUCCUUCCAUUAUUCCGGAUUCUUAAGACCCAAGUUGUUGUCUCCAUCGGACGGAGUCGUGUUGAAAAGCAGCAGAUACUACUAACCUUGAUCAACUAACCUGACAGAUAAAGCAUGGCUCCUACGAAACCAGCUCUCGAUCUGAACGCGAUGAUCUCUGCCGAUCGACAACGCCGCAAAAACGAGAGUCUCGCUCAGGAAAUCUUUGGCAAGAACCGCAGAGCAAGUGCGCCAGGGGCAGGAAAGAUCAAGGCGAAAUCUGGUCCUGUACCAUCUUUGGCCAGCCGUAUUGGCGUCGCAGGUAUCACGAAGCGAAGCGCGUCAAUCUCAGCCAGACCAGCUCGAGCUGUAGCUAAACCACCAGCAGGCAAUGUCGAUGCUGAAUGGACUCAUGACCUCUAUGCAUCGAACAAUGGUACUCCAAAUGUUCCCCGUGGCCCAAGAGCUCAGCGCCAGAACCGCAACGAUAGAUUACACUUUGCUCUCAAUGGUUCCGCUUCAUCUCCAGCACUGAACAGCCAAUUCAACAUUGUCGGCAAUGCGAAGCCAACAACUGGUAUAUCUAUCAAAGGCCUUGCGUUGGGUCCAUACAUGGUCGUGGCAAAGAAUUUGGCACCUGGCACAACAGCGGCUGAUAUUGAGAGUGCUAUGAUACCUAUUGGUGGAGUUGUACUGAGCUGUCGCAUCAUCGCGGAACGGCCAAAGGUCAUCGCAGAGCUUGCAUUUGAGACGAAGGAAGGUGCCGAUAAUGUAGUUGACACACUCAACAAUCAAAAUGCCGAUGGCAAUAUCCUCCACGUUUACCACAAAGUUGGCCCCCUCCCUGCAACAGUCAAAAAACAAUUGAGCGCCAACCCUGCCCCCAUCAGCCCUGCUCCACGCGUUGCCACCCCUCUCGGCCCUCGUGCAGAUCGUCUAGACGCGGAUCGGUCCGAUGAUAACCGCUCGUAUGGAGGAUCAGACCGAUAUACGCCCAGAGACCGAAGCCGCGAGCGUGAACGUCGACGAGAUUAUGACCGAGACGAUGUCAUUGACGGAUCAUACGGUUUCGCUGAUUCCCGAAUGGAUACCGACAAUGACAACCGCAACGAUCGAGGCAGAGGACAAGGUCUAUACAGUGACUCCAUGAUCAACAAUCGCGGUCGAGGACGUGGCAACAGUUGGGAUAGAGGUCGUAACAACAACGACAGGCGAUCAUACAGAUGAAGCAGCACAUAAUGUUUGAGUAGUUCUACAUCCAAAUCUAGCAGUAUUCCGAGGGACCUCGCACUAUGCCACAGAAGUCUUGUGUCUGUAAGGAACAAGAGCAUCUCAAAAAAUUUCUCCAGAGAAUGGAAAGGAAGUCAGUUUGGCGUUUUAGGAGCAAAUGACGAUUCCCACAAGCUGUAAUUGUAGAUAUAGUAGCGGUGCUUCGAAAUUAAAUGGUUGC